AUGUCGGGUCUUGGGAUCAAUCUCCAGAAGACCUCAAUGUUUUGCCAAGGUUUAGACAGUGUUUCCCUUGAUAGUAUUAAAUCUCUGUUUAACUUGAAAGCCUUAUCUCUCCCUAUUCGUUAUCUAGGACUGCCGCUUUCUUCGAAGAAGCUUACUAUUGAUGAUUAUGAUCCUUUGCUAGCUCUGCUUCAAAAGAAGCUUAACUCAUGGACAAAUAAGCUUUUGAGUUUGGCUGGUCGACUAUCCUUGCUUUCUUCAGUUAUCUCAGGGAUUGUAGGAUUCUGGACUAGUGCUUUCAUCCUUCCAAAGAAGGUUAUCAAGUGGAUCAAUAGUAUCUAG